AUGCCUUUGGAGAGAUGGACAGUGUCCUUGCCCACGGGGAAGCAGGCGGGCUGGCAGGACAGGCGUCCCCAGGCCGGGAGGAAGAGCCGCUCGCAGGUCGCGGGGCCCCACGACCUGCCAGCCCUCCCGCAAGUCGCCAGAGGCAGCUCUGAUGCUCUAGGUCCCGAGGGUGAACCCGCGCGCUGUCUAUGGAUCUGCUCUGACGCGUCGAGCCUGCUUAUGGGGGAAGGUGACACCAUCUGGGCCCCAUCUGUCCUUCCUCACGGCGCCCCCGGCACCUUGAGCCACCACCCCCAGCUGCAUUUUGGAAGAAAGAUGGAGUCCAAAGUCUCGGAAGGUGGCCUGAACGUGACGCUGACCAUCCGCCUGCUGAUGCACGGGAAGGAAGUUGGCAGCAUUAUCGGAAAGAAAGGAGAGACCGUGAAGAAGAUGCGUGAGGAGAGCGGGGCGAGAAUCAACAUCUCGGAGGGAAACUGCCCGGAGAGAAUCGUGACCAUCACGGGCCCCACGGACGCCAUCUUCAAGGCCUUUGCCAUGAUCGCCUACAAGUUUGAAGAGGACAUCAUCAAUUCCAUGAGCAACAGUCCGGCCACCAGCAAGCCUCCGGUGACGCUGAGGCUGGUGGUCCCUGCUAGCCAGUGCGGGUCCCUGAUUGGCAAAGGCGGCUCCAAGAUCAAAGAGAUCAGGGAGUCCACAGGUGCCCAGGUCCAGGUGGCCGGGGACAUGCUGCCCAACUCCACGGAGCGGGCAGUGACCAUCUCGGGGACCCCGGACGCCAUCAUCCAAUGUGUCAAGCAGAUCUGUGUGGUCAUGCUGGAGUCCCCACCGAAAGGUGCCACCAUUCCCUACCGCCCAAAGCCCGCCUCCACCCCUGUCAUUUUUGCAGGUGGUCAGGCCUACACGAUCCAGGGACAGUACGCCAUCCCCCACCCAGAUCAGUUGACCAAGCUCCACCAGCUGGCCAUGCAGCAAACCCCCUUUCCUCCCCUCGGACAGACCAACCCCGCUUUCCCCGGUCUGGACGCCAGCCCCCCGGCCAGCACUCACGAGCUCACCAUUCCCAAUGAUCUAAUAGGCUGCAUAAUUGGACGCCAAGGGACCAAAAUCAAUGAAAUUCGACAGAUGUCUGGAGCGCAGAUCAAAAUCGCCAAUGCCACGGAGGGGUCAUCAGAGCGCCAGAUCACCAUCACGGGGACCCCAGCCAACAUCAGCCUUGCCCAGUACCUCAUCAACGCCAGGCUGACGUCCGAGGUCACCGGGAUGGGCGCUCUCUAA